GGGAGAGCAGGAAAAUCCUCUUUAUUGUUCUGUAUUGUGUCCGUCCUUCCUAUCGCUGUUUCUGCUGUUGUUUAAAAGCUGGACGACUUCCUCCUCCACCUCAUCUGCGUACAGUAACAUGCACAAAGCCCUGGCUGCCUACCAUGCAGUUCCUUCUGGUAUCUGUGCUCUGCAUAAAUAUUUGUUUGCAUCAAUAGCUGUAUUGUACCGACAGAGAGCCUGGGAGGGAGGAAGAGUUUGCACGCCCCCCCCCCCCUCCAUCCGAGUGUGUGCGUGCUAUUGUUUUUUGCUGUUCUGAGACGGGCAGUGCAGCGACACUGUGGCCCACCUCUCGGCUGGGCUCCACCCAUCCUGCUCUUAAUGUGCUGCUUCCAUCUCACCAUGCAUCAUUCUGUCCUUUAUCUCUCCUCCUCUAUCAUUGGUUGCUCUUUGUAUUGUCAUUGUGCUUGUUAUGUUUUGGUUUUUUUCCUGUGCAUACUCUCUCCUUUUAUGUUCUCCUCCCUUCCUCCUACUGCUGCCUCCUCGUGUUUCCUCUCUGUGUGUCUCUGUAUGUGUCGGCUCAUCGGCUGACCUUCUUUCUCUCCCGUCCUGUACUUAGAAUACUCUGUCUCUCUCCCUUUACAUUUGCCUCAUGAGGACUCUGCACCGGCUGAAGUUGAUGAGCUCUCCCAGCCUCAGUGAGCUGGGGAAGAGUGAGAAAAGUUCGCCGGAGGAGCGAGGGGAGAAGCAGAAGAGGGCAGGAGCUAACGCCACCUGGAACAGCAUCCAUAAUGCUGUGAUAGCAGUCUUCCAAAAGAAGGGCUUGGCGGAUAAUGAACUUUACGUCCUUAAUGAGGGUGUCCGACAUCUUUUAAAGACUGAGCUGGGGUCCUUCUUCACAGAAUACCUUCAGAAUCAGCUGCUAACGAAAGGCAUGGUCAUCCUGCGGGACAAAAUAAGAUUCUAUGAAGGUCAGAAGUUACUUGACUCUCUGGCAGAGACCUGGGACUUCUUCUUCUGUGAUGUUCUCUCAAUGCUGCAGGCCAUCUUCCACCCAGUUCAGGGUAAGGAGCCUUCUGUCCGACAGCUCGCCCUGCUGCACUUCAGGAACACCAUAGUGCUCAGCGUAAAGCUGGAGGACGCCCUGUCUCGCCCGCGGGCCCGUGUGCCUCCCUCUGUUACACAAAUGCUGCUCAUCCUACAGGGGGUCCAUGAGCCACGUGGUGUGACUGAGGAAUAUCUGAGGUUGGAGUCACUGAUUCAGAAGGUAGUCUCGCCCUACUUGGGCACCCAUGGGCUUUACUCUGGAGAUGAUGCUGAAGCUCACUGCAGUGUUCUGGAGAAGCCUUGGGGCUGGUCCAAGUCAGCGGAUCAACCGUCUAAAACCCCCGUGGUACGAUCAAAGAGCUACAAUGUUCCUUUGCUGCUGACCCCAGUGGCUGAGUAUGACCCAGAUGCCAACUCGGCUGGCAGUGGAGGAAUUCGGCGUCACUCGGCCUGCGAGAUUAUAUCGUGCCUGGAGGAGCAAGGACUGGCCUAUGCUGACCUGGCCUCAGGAUCAGAACUGUCUGGCUCCUCCUCCAACAGACUGUGUGUGGGCUCUCAGUUCAACGGUAUAGUACAAGCUGGAGCCAGUGCCAUGGACUUGCCUCGGCUGUCUCCCUCCAUCCUCCCGCUUCAUUCCUCAGGAGCUCUCCAUGGCACCGAGGCCACAACAACAAUGACUGAUCUCAGUAAGGGAGCAUCCUCUACGCCGCCCAGUGAAUCAUCCAGCCCUGAAACCAUAAUUGGACAAGUGCUAGAGUCUGCAGACUCAGGCCCAGACGGGAUAUUUAUUGAUUUCCCAUCUCACUCCUCAGAGGCGAUGGGGCUCAGCCUCAGCCACGAGAGCAGGCAGAGCACUGUGUAACUGUGGUUGCCUUUAGGGAUGCACCCCCCUCAUUCUGGAGGCAAGAAAUCGUACAUUUCAAAUGGGUACCAUCUUACUGUUUAGCUUUGGGUUUUUUGCUGAAGUAUGAUAAGUUUCCCUGACUAGUUCCUUCCAAGUGCUUUCACUGAAGAAUGAAAUUUUCAUUCUUAAAAACAAGAAAAACACGAUUGUUAAAUAAGUGGUACUGUUAUUAAAGGACUCGAGGAUGCAUCUGAUGGUACUUCACAUUUUCACUGUUAUCAACAAAAAAUCUCUUAAAAAGACUACAAUGAGCAAUGAAUUGAUGAUUAUGAACAAGUGCUCCAUUGUUUUUUGAACAUAUCAGUAAGCCACACACUUGGACUGCAACAUUCCUUAUUUCUUUUGUUUGCAUUUCUACUUUUAUGCACUAUGGAAGUGUUGGCUUAUAUUGUAUCUAAAGUGAAACCACAGAGCAGUCUCAUCAUUUCAUAGCUACCAUUGAUUCACAUCUUUUAGACUGUUAUUUUGAAAUAUUACCUUAAAAACUGCAUAAAAAGUUUAGUUAAAUAAUAAAUUAAUGUUUUAAAAAGUUUUUACCCCCGACGUUAUACAUUUACCACCAUGUUUGCUGUUGCAGAAAAGUGUUGCUCCUAUAACGUCUCUGCUGUAAAUUGGUUUUAAAGACUUGGGUCUAGGAAUAAAUGAGCUUAGGUGAGAGUCA